UCCUCUUUCAUUCUGCUUUUCUCUGCUGACUCAGUGCAGCCUCUCUCUUAUUCAUUUGUCUACAGCUCAACAGUUUUAGUUUCUUUUAGCUUUCCGAUGUUUUCUCUUUCUUUCCACGUGAUUUUUUUUUAGCUUUAUUCGUUCUUAUAUUUACUCUGGACGUCAGUUAGUUAAGGAUGUUCAGAACCACCAGCCUCCAGGCCCACCGUCCCAGCAGUGAGUUCUGCAGCAGCAGGUUCUAGGAGCGGAGCCCGGUGUGACCUUGGGCGGUGGGUGGCGCACCGCUCCAGUCUGUGGGAAGAGGAGCGGGACGGACGGAGCUGCGCACCAGGACGGGACCGGAUCUCCACCACUCUCAAACAUCAGGACCACACCGGAGCAUGAUGGAUCUGUGAGGACCGUGGGCCGAACCGGACCCGCUCCCUUUCACGGUUAGAUCAGUUGUUUUGAGCGUUUUCCUUUCACCAUGGGCAGCGCUGAUAUGCUGCUGGCUGCGCUCCUCAUCCUCAUCAGCCACCAAGCUGAAGCGUACACCUACAGGAACCAGCGCAAGUUCUCACAAGAUAUCGACUGGUCGUAUGCAGGAACAUUAAACCAAAAAAACUGGGCCAAGAAGUUUCCAUCGUGCAGCAGUGCCAAGCAGUCUCCCAUCAACAUUGAGGAGAAUCUGGCUCCAGUUAAGCUGCAGUACCAGAAGCUGAGGUUUGAUGGAUGGGAGAGUCUGACGAGUGACCGGACAACCAUUAAGAACAAUGGCAAGACAGUGGAAGUCUGUGUGGACGGAGAGUUUUAUGUCAGUGGAGGUGGACUCAGCUCAAAGUUCAAGGUGGGGUGCAUCACGUUCCACUGGGGGCGCUGCAAUUCUUCAUCAGAUGGCUCGGAACAUAGUCUGGAUGGAGUUACAUACCCUCUAGAGAUGCAGAUCUACUGUUAUGAGGCGCAUCAGUUUGACUCUUUGGAUGAAACCAUCAAGGCCAGGGGCAAGAUCACGGCACUUGCUGUGCUGUUUGAGACCAGUACUGAAGACAACAUGGACUAUGCCGCCAUCAUAGACAGCAUCAGCAGUGUGAGCAGAUAUGGUAAGAGUGCAGAGGUUUUGCCGUUUACUAUGCAAGGUCUUCUGCCAAACUCCACGGAGAAGUACUUCAUCUACAACGGUUCCCUGACUACGCCACCCUGCAGCGAGACCGUUGAAUGGAUUGUCUUUAAGAACAGAGUAGCCAUCUCUGAUGAGCAGCUGGAGAUGUUUUGUGAGGUGAUGACGAUGCAGCAGGCUGGCUACGUGAUGCUGAUGGACUACCUGCAGAACAACUACAGGGAGCAGCAGGAGCAGUUCACGGGCCAGGUGUUCUCCUCCUACACAGGCAUCGAGGAAGUCCUCACACCUGUUUGCAGUUCGGAGCCUGAAAGCCUCCAAGCUGCAGCCUACAACCUCAGCAGCCUGCUAGUGACAUGGGAGCGACCGCGGGUGGUGUAUGACGCCAACAUCGAGAGGUACUCCAUUACCUACCGCAUGGCCAGCGCAGAGGAACUGGUCCUGUCAGAAUACCUGACAGACGGAUAUCAGGAUACAGGGGCGAUACUUGACGGCCUGUUAGCUAACACCACCUAUGAGGUGCGGGUGGUGGCCAUCUGCACCAACGGGCUUUAUGGACACGUUAGCAACUUCCUGACUGUUGUCAUGCCAACAACUGAUGCUGAAAGUGAACUUGAUUCAGAUUUAAAUGAAUUUGCAUCAGAGGAGACCUUUGAACCUGAUUCCUCCUGGAAUGAGCUGGAAGAGACCAUAAACAACAACUUGGACUGGAGUUCCAACGCUAAGAGGACCACAACUCCCGCAUCACAGUUUUUACCCUUUCCCCCCAUCAGAACCUUUACAACAGAGUCCAGCCAGAGGAGCUCUACCACCGACCCUGUUCAGCACCUUAAACCCACACACUCUAGUGAAGCACUGACCCGGUCGAAAGACCGAUCGCUCCACGGCCGUGCCUCACAGCCACCGGAGGUGUUAACAGAAACCAGAGGAAUUGCUGAAUUUGGCAUCAACAGCAUUUUUCACACCACAACAGCAACUAAACCCUUUGUUUCAACAUCUGCUGCUUCUUUAUUUACAAAAACAGACAAUGUUCAUGGAGACGUCCGUUCAACAAGCUCAUCUGAAAAAUCACAAGAGGACACAGGUGCCAUCCUGAUCAUAGCAUCGCCCAACUCUGGAAACAUGAGUACGGCAUCAUCACCAUCCCUCAUCCAGGCCAAACAAGGUUCGACCAAAGCCACCACCGCAGAUGGAAUGCGCGCCACUAGACCCAGAGGACAUUCUGAGUUUGGAACAUCAACACUCACUGUCCCGACUCCCUCUUCAGGAGGAGCUAAAGAGGACACAAGUCCCAGCACGCCCACUUUUCCCUCUACGAUGACCUCGGUCCCGCUGGGUGAUGUUCUCUUGCAUCCCACACGGUCACUGUCUAAGGGUGAGCUCCAUUCUGUCUCCCCCUCUUGUUCCUCCUUCUCCUCGUCUGCUCUGUGUGCCACCUCGGACCCAAGUGCUGUACCCUUCACCAGCUUGCAUGAGCCUUCCUCUGAGUGGCUGAUGUUGUCUGCCUCUGCUUUGGACUCCCAGCAUGCUGCUACUCCACCUCUGUCUAGCCAAGACCCUUUUUCUUCUCCAGUCCCUGGCCUCCCUGCCUCCACGCUGCCUCCCUUUCCUCACCCCUCCUCACACUCCCGGUCUGUAUGGGGGAUUGACUCUACCUACCAGAGUGUCAGUCUUGGUGGUAGUGAUGGUGUUUGGUGGUCUGGGUCAUCAGUGUUUAGUAGUACCCCUCCCCUCCAAACAGUGCUGGUCCUUUCUGGCACCACCACAGAACUUUCUGGUGCUUCCUGGGAUUUGUCCCUCUCAUCCUCCCUCUCUCCCAGCCCCAACCCUCAGCCUCCAGUCCUUUUUUCUAGUGAGUUCACCUUUUCUGAAGACUUAUCCAGAUCCGUAUCGUCUGGGUUUGAGGGCUCGGGGUACGCCACUGGAGGCACAACAGAGGUGUUGCUCCCUGAGGCCACUGGUGAUGGGUUUUCUUUAGCUAGUGAUGUGGACCUCAUGUGUGGCUGUUCUCUGGAACCAUCCACAUCCUCAACUUGGUUGCAUGUCUCUCUUCAUAGUCCUCCACCGUCUUCAACCUGGGAUUCUUCAAGUGUAGAACUUUACUCUAGUGUGGGCCUGCUUUCAACCUCUGGUGUUGGGAUAGACCACCUUCUAAGCUCGCCUACUUUGGUGUUCUCUCCCUCCUCUCCACAGCUUCUCCCAGACACCAAUAGUGACCUGCAUAUUUCUGUUGCAGCCACAGCGUCUGCAGCUCAGGACUUUGGGUUGUCAGCAUCAGAGACAAACACCACCUCCCAAACAACACUCCCCCCUUCCUCACCCACCGCCCUUCCACCAGAUCCUGCUCCAGAGAGCCAGGCAUUAGAUGCCAGCAGCACCUCCGGCUCAACCCUUUUCUCUGACCUCCAGGAGAGCAUAGACCAGGAGUGGGAUAGGGUUCAAACCUCAGCAUCUGGGGGGAGUGGGCUUCCUAAUGCCACCAAAGUUACCAUGGAGUCUGGCCACAGCCCAGAUGAUGUGGAAGAGCACUCCUCAGCAUUUUAUUUUGAAAGUGGCAGUGGCAUCAUCUCUGAAGUAGAAGGUGUAGGGACCCCAGCAUUUUCUGAGGUAACAUCAACUACCCCGUGGUCGCUGGGUGGGGCAGAAGAAAGUGGCUCAGGGCAGGGAGAGAGCCUCUACGACAAUGAGACAUCUUCUGACUUCAGUAUUUCAGAGCAGACAGAAGAAGAGCCAGCCGCAGAUGCCAGUAACAGCAGCCAUGAGUCGAGGGUCGGCUCAGUCAUGGAAAGAGAGAAGAAGGUUGUUCUUCCUCUGGCGGUCAUCUCCACCUUCACCCUGCUGGGCCUGCUGGUCCUCAUCGGCAUUCUUGUCUACUGGAGGAUGUGCUUCCAGACGGCUCACUUUUACAUCAACAACGUUCCCUCUGCUGGAGUCAUCACUGCCCAGUCCACAGCUGAUGAGGAAACGGCUUUUUCUUUGAAGGAUUUCGUCAAACACGUCGCUGAGCUGCACAGCACCCAGGGCUUCCAGCGAGAAUUUGAGACGCUAAAGGAGAGUUACAAGGAGGUGCAUUCAUGCACCGUGGACAUGGAGCUGACUACGGACAGCUCCAGACAUCCUGAUAACAAGACCAAGAACAGAUACAGCAACAUCCUGGCCUUUGACCACAGCCGCGUUCGACUUUCAUCACAGGCCUUCAAAGACGUGAAGACGGGCGAUUACAUCAACGCUAAUUAUGUGGAUGGUUUUAAGAGGCCUCGGUCGUACAUCGCCACUCAGGGGCCCCUGAGGUCCAGCAUCGAGGACUUCUGGAGGAUGAUUUGGGAACAGAAUGUCAGUGUCGUUGUCAUGAUCACCAACCUGGUGGAGAAUGGGCGGAGAAAGUGUGAUCAGUACUGGCCAGUGGAGGUGCAGGAGGUGUACGGCAGCUUCCUGGUGUCAGUGAAGAGCACCAAAGUCCUCGCCUACUACACUCAGAGAACCUUCACUGUGACAAAGAUCAGCAGCAAAAAGGGCUCCCAGAAGGGGCGGGGCAGUGAGCGGGCUGUAACACAAUACCAUUACACCCAGUGGCCAGACAUGGGGGUCCCAGAGUAUUCUCUGCCUCUGCUGAACUUUAUAUGGAAUUCAUCACAGGCCAGGACUGACGGCAUGGGGCCACUGGUGGUCCACUGCAGUGCUGGAGUUGGCCAGACUGGCACAUACAUCGUCCUGGACAGCAUGCUGAAGCAGAUGAAGGAUGAAGGCACCGUGAACAUCACAGGGUUCCUCAAACACAUCCGUACUCAGAGGAAAGACCUGGUCCAGACAGAGGCGCAGUAUGUUUUUAUUCACGAUGCAUUGGUGGAAGCCAUCUUAUCUGGUGAGACAAAGGUGACGGCAGAUCAUCUCCACAAGUAUGUGGAGGAACUUCUGACUCCAGGACCUGCUGGGAGGACCCAAAUGGAAAAACAGUUCAAGCUGGUGUGUCACUCAGGAGUCCAAAAGGUGGACUUCUCUGCUGCCCUUCAUGAGCUCAAUCAGAACAAAAACAGGGACAGCUCUGUGAUUCCGGUUGAGAGGACACGUGUGCGUCUGUCUACAGCAGGUGGAGAAGGGUCAGACUACAUCAACGCGUCGCACAUCGCAGGAUACAGACAGAGGACCGAGUACAUCAUUACCCAGAAUCCUUUGCCUGGGACCACAAAGGACUUCUGGAGGAUGAUGUGGGACAACAAUGCUCAGCUCAUUGUGUCACUGCCUGGGACGACGGAAGAAGCAGAACCGUGUGUCUUCUGGCCUCACAAAGAACAACCAAUCACCUUUGAGAUGUUCACUGUUACUCAGAGGAGUGAGACUCACCUGUGUCUGUCCAAUGAGGACAUGUUGGUGGUCCGAGAGUUCACGCUGGAGACUACACAGGAUGAUUAUGUUCUGGAAGUGAAACAAUACCACGCCCCCUGCUGGCCAAACCCCGACAGCCCUAUCAGCCAAACCUUUGAGCUCAUCGGCCUGGUGAAGGAAGAGAGUGUCAGCAAAGACGGGCCGAUCGUAGUUCAUGAUGAUGUGGGCGGGGCUGCAGCAGGAACAUUCUGUGUCCUAUCCUCUCUGAGGCAACAGCUGGAAUCUGAAGGGUCAGUUGACGUAUUCCAACUGGCCAGGCUGACGAACCUCAUGAGACCAGGAGUCUUCAGUGACAUGGAACAUCUCCAGUUCCUGUACAAAGCCAUGAUGAGUCUUGUUGCAUCACAAGAAGAUGAGAAAACCCUCCAGUCAUCCGACAACAAUGGCACCAUUGUGGUGGGUGCCACCAGCACCACGGAGAGCCUAGAGUCUCUGGUGUAACGUUCUCACAUCAAAGGAACUUCUACGAAGGCUUUUUGUUCUUUCCCUUGAAGCGCCAGCAGGACUUGUGAGGCCUCCAUCGGUGCUGCUCAGCAAUAAUUGUGUCUGUCGUGGACGCUGUAGUUUAAGACCGGCAUGUUAGUUUGUGCUUGACUGACACCAGACUGCUCUAUAGUUGGUUAACGUGUGCCUUUUCAUACUCCAUCCCAUACGUCUAAGUCAUGUGCUGUAGAUGAACCAUCUAACCAUUCACCACUGUUCUGCCCGGACACAUUUUAUUGAACUCUCUCUAAAGAUUUGUGUUUCCUGUCACUCGGCUAAAACGGAAACGCUGCAACCGUUUGCAUCGAUAUGUAUUUUAAAAGCGUUUCUGCACAAAGCUCCUCUGUAAAUAAGGCAACACUAGCAGCAUCUUCCUGAUAAAUGAAAAGGGCUUGGAUUAUUAAGAUAGUAAUCUAACGAGGAUGUAGUAAUAACGGUGAUGGACCAAAUUUCUAUUUAUACUUCUAAAUUUUUAUAUUUGACUAUUUUUAGUGUGUCUGGAUUGUUUAAAUCUAGUUGAAUAGCUUGAGAAUAUUAAUGCUUUUAUACUCUGUUUUGUAACGGACUAAAUGUGACGCACUGGCAUUUGUUUGCUUUACUAACCGUUAUUUAUCUGGAUGUGAAACACACUGCUGGAUUAUUAUUCAGGGGAUUAAAUAAGUUGGAGAAUUUAAA